AUGCUCUUCGUGUACCUACUUGAUCUCAUAGUCUUCCUAGAACUUCCCUAUGAUCCUGAUCAAGAUGCAGGGGAGAAACGCGCUGUGCGAAGGGAAUAUCGUGCAAUCCACAAGGAUAUGGAAGAUUUUCAACACAACAUCAAAGACUGCACCGUCGACAAUCUCGCAGAUGCUGCAAAGCGCGCCGACAAAGUCUUCUAUAAGGUCAAGAACACGACAGAAGCGACACUGGAUUCAUCGGUCCUUCUACAAUUGACUGCCUCGCAUGCACAAAUGGCUCGAAGUUUGAAGUCAGGCUCUGGUGCAUUCGAUAUUGACGACUAUCUCGCGAAGCUCGUUAGCUUCAUGGGAGGUCACAAACUAGACAAUCAGAAUCCUGAUGAUCCUGAUGCAGACGACGCGUUACUCGAUGCACCAUUAGAUUGGGACAAAAUCGGGCGAACAACGCUUGCUAAGAGCAAAAGAGUGCCUGUUGUGGGUUUCAUGUUAGGACCUCUCUCGAUUGAACAGAAGAAACGUGCUCCAGUCAAGCGUGCCAAACUGGAGAAAAACAAGGCUGACGAAAGGAAACCGCAAGAACUGAAGGAGGAGGAUAUAGCACGAUCUGUUAACGAAACAACGAAGAAUGUCGCAACACUCGAAUCAAUAUUGGCAGAAACAGGUGCUAUCAACCUGUUCAGGUUCGUCGUCAACCCCAAAAGCUUUGCCCAGUCCGUAGAGAAUAUGUUCUAUCUAUCAUUCCUUAUACGUGAUGGAAAAGUCGCUCUUGACACAGAUGAACAGGGCGAACCAACCAUCUUUGGUUGCGCUCAGCCUUCGGAUGAAGACUACGCUGAUGGGUUGCGUAAACGCCAGAUCGUCUUUGAACUUGAUAUGGCUACCUGGAAGCGUGCCAUAGAUGUUUUCGAAAUUACAGAGCCGACUAUACCUACUCGAGAAUCAUCCAAAAUGAAGAUUGGGAAUAAAUGGUAUGGUUAA